AUGGACAUGGAAGAUCAAUGUGAAGAUUUAAGAAACUCCACUGAAGCAACAACAUAUGUGGAACCCAUGUCUCCACUCUGUGACCAAUACAAUGAUAUGAUGAGGAUUGAUUCUCCUACUAAAACUUGUUCAGAUGAAGAAAUCAUUGAGUCUUUGUAUCAAAACAUCUUUAGUUAUGUCCUCUGUCUUCAAAUAGAGGAGUCUGGUAAUGGUUCAAACACACCUCUGUCUCCUCCUUGUCCUGGUGCUCCAAUGAAGCUUACAAAGUUGUCAAUAAACAUGGAUCCAGGCUUCCAAAGAAAGCUCUUCUGA